AUGGUUUUCAAGGUGGCAGUAGGGAGGAUAACUUUUUUCAUGCACAUAGAUGAAGUAAAGAGUCCAGGUAAUAAACUUCACGGGGGAGGCUGUUGUCAGGGUGUGACGGGUACCCAUUGUACCAAGUUGUGUAAUCCUGUACUCACCAUAUGCCUUAAAAACAAUCACCAUUCCUGUACGUCAAGUUUUACCACAACAUUAAACAUGAGACGACAAGACGUCUUUUAUGGUUCUAAAGUUGGGAACACAACAAACCCGCAGUUUUUAGAAGUUGAUUCAUGGAAUAAAUAUCUGGACAAGAUAUCCGUGAGAGUGGUAGAUUUACAACACUCCUCCUCACCACUCAUCUACCAGACAGAGUUUGCCGAUUACAAUCUUCAAAUAGGAAACAACAUACUUUCACAACAUUGGCGACAAAAAAAUUUGGUGGCAAGUUAUUUCUCGGAUAAAAAUUCUUUUUUUAUCCAGAUAACCUACAAGGCCUACUGUUCUGAGGGUUACUAUGGAUCAGACUGUACAGCUCAUUGUCCUGGUAAUCCACAGAAGUGUGUCGUCAACGGUCAUACUUACUGUAAAAUGGGAUGGCAGGGAAAUAAUUGUGAUGAAGAUAUCAACGAAUGUGCUAAUCGACGGUUUUGUGGUCAUGGUACCUGUACAAACACAGCUGGUAGUUUCCAUUGUAAAUGUCCCUCCUCUGUUUACGGUCUGAAAUGUCAGCUGGAUGAGGAUGAAUGUCUUCUGGAGCCGUGUAAUGGAGGAGAGUGUGUCAACAAGAUCGGAAGUUACACAUGUCAGUGUAGAAGCGGAACAACUGGUAAAAACUGUGAAUCGUUGACUGCUCACCAAUGUCACAGAGAUACGUGUAAUAAUCAUGGACAGUGUCAUGUUAAGCAUAGCAACACCAUGUGUACGUGCAACAAUGGAUAUACCGGUACGGACUGUUCCAUAAGAAACUCGUGUGCUCAUAAUCAGUGUCAGAAUGGUGCUACAUGUGUGAUAUCUGGAACAAAUUACAUAUGUCAUUGUGCGAAAGGCUACAUGGGAGAACUUUGUAAUAAAGUUGCUUACUGUGCAACGCUUCCCUGCAAAAAUUCUGGAUCUUGUAUUAAUACAGCUUUUGGAUAUAAUUGUUUAUGCACUGAUCAUUUUAUGGGACAGAACUGUAGCACGUACGAUUACUGUUUUGGACAGAACUGCAAUAACCGAGGACAAUGUCUAAACAGACCAAACGGUUACACUUGUCAGUGUAGGACGCAGUAUCUUGGUAAAAACUGUGAGCUGAAUAAUUAUUGUCAUAGUAAUCCAUGUAUACACAACUGCUCAAAUACAAACACUGGCUAUACUUGUCAUUGUUCAUAUGGCUUUACGGGAGAUCUUUGUGACAAACGUGAUUAUUGUGCUAGUAAUCCCUGCCAAAAUUCUGGACUGUGUAGUAAUGGUGAUUCUGGGUAUAAUUGUUCUUGUAUUGUUCCUUUUUACGGUCAACACUGCACUGAGUAUGAUCAUUGUUUUAAUCAAACAUGUAGUGGACAUGGAAUCUGUCGUAAGUUAAUAAUCCCAUCAAAUGGGCAGAACUACUACUUGUGUGAAUGCGAUGCUGGAUGGACUGGGUCAGAAUGUCAGUUUUAUAAUUACUGUCACAAUAUAUCUUGUUCUAAUCAUGGAACAUGUUUUAACAGUGGUACUGAUUUUUUAUGUGUAUGUAUUCCUGGAUUCUCGGGAAGAAUGUGUGAAUCAACUCAGUAUUGUAAAUCAUCGUCUUGUAUUGCUCCAAGGGUCUGUAAGGAAAGUAUAAUGGGAUAUUCGUGUGAAUGCCCAUAUGGGGUUGUAGGAAGCAACUGUGAUAGAAUUGACCACUGCUUGAAAAAUCCAUGUGGGGAUCAUGGUACUUGUAACGACAAAGAUAUCGGAUAUAACUGUUCUUGUUACAUUGGGUGGACAGGUGCGUCAUGCGAUGAGAUAGAUCAUUGUGCAAAUACUUCCUGUCAGAAUGGUGCACUUUGCAAUAAUAAUUUGUUCAACUACACUUGCUCCUGUAAAGACGGAUUUUAUGGUCGAUUUUGUGAAAUCACAGACUAUUGUUACAAUAAUUCAUGCAUUAAUAAUGGGACAUGUCACAAUCAGGCUAACACAUUUACAUGUUCGUGUCCUAGUGUGUGGACAGGGCAGCUGUGUGAGAAGGAAAAUCUGUGUUUUACUUCUCAGCCUUGUGGACAACAUGGUCAUUGUUUGCAAGUUGAUAUGCAAGUGAAAUGUUCCUGUUCAGCGGGCUGGAUAGGAGAAAAUUGUACAAUUAAAGAUUACUGCUAUAAAUCUCCUUGUGGUUCUAUGGGAACCUGCCAGAACUUAGAAGAUUCUUAUGUUUGUAACUGCCAUCCAGAAUGGACGGGUAAAAACUGUGAAGCUUAUGCGUGCAGAAACAAUACGUGUCUUCACGGAAGUUGCCAUGCCGCUAGGGAUACUCUUUAUUCCUGUGACUGUGAUCCAGAUUGGAUUGGAGAUGAUUGUGAUGUAGUGAAUCCGUGUAACUCUACGUCAUGUGAAAAUGGUGGAAAAUGUGUGGCCCAUUUAUUUACUCCACCAUUAAAUUCAAAUUCUUCUAUAGAAUCAAUUGUUAAUGCUACUGCAUCAUGCAGAUGUGUAAAUGGAUGGGAAGGUGAAUUUUGUACAGUUGAUGUUGAUGAAUGUCAGCAAAAAAAUCCUUGCCAUGGGCAAGGUUCUUGUUUAAACAGUGUUGGCGGAUUCACUUGCAAAUGUGAGCAGGGCUUCAUUGGCAUUGAUUGUGCUGUAGAUAUUAAUGAAUGUGCAUCGAAUCCAUGCCAUAACAAUGCAACCUGCGUCGAUGCUGUUGACGGUUAUACAUGCUUAUGUUCGUCGUUUUUCCAGGGUGAUCUGUGUGACAAAGAUAUAAAUGAGUGUCAGUAUUUUGUAUGUGGGUCUCAUGGCACUUGUAUCAACAAGUAUGGAGAUUAUAAGUGUAUGUGUGCACCAAGCUGGACAGGUCGUCAUUGUGAAAGUCACAUCAAUUCGUGUUCUCUUGACCCUUGUAAAAAUAAUGCAACAUGUUUUGAUGUAGAUGAUACAUUCUUCUGUACAUGUGACGAUCGGUUUACUGGGCGACAUUGUGACAUUGAUGUGAACGAAUGCAAGACUAGAACGCCCUGCAAAAAUGGCGCAUUUUGUUCAAAUACAUAUGGGUCAUUUUAUUGUACAUGUCCCAAAGGGUGGAGUGGAGAAUUUUGUGAAGAAGACAUAGAUGAAUGUCAAAACAAUGUUUCUUGUCCAAGAAACACUACCUGUGUUAACAAAAUAAACGGAUUUGAAUGUAAGGAUUGCUCUAUUUUUCAUUGUCUGAAUGGGGGAAAAUGUCUUGAUACAGAGCGGGGGCCAGUCUGUAAAUGCACACAAGACUGGACAGGAGCUCAGUGUAAUGAAAUCAAUUUCUGUAAAGACGAUCCAUGUGGGACACUUCAGAUCUGCAUCAAUGAAAAAAGUACCUUUACUUGUGAAUAUCACUCCUGCAAAAGCUCUCCUUGUAAACAUAGUGGUAAAUGCAUUGAAAGGGGCAUUGAAUAUUACUGUGAAUGCAAAUCUGGUUGGAAAGGAAUAUUAUGUGAGGAAAAAGACUACUGUGCAGUAAACGUUUGUGAAAAUAAUGGAACUUGUCAUAAUGGAAACUCUUCCUUCAUUUGCAUUUGCUCCGAAGACUGGUAUGGAGAACGUUGCGAGCUCUAUAAUUUUUGCUUUGACCAUCCUUGUAAAAAAGUUGGAGUUUGUCAGAAUUUGUUAGAUACAUAUUUUUGCGAUUGUCCACAGGGUUGGAUGGGUAGGGAUUGUGAAAUAUAUAAUCACUGUGUAAAUUUACCAUGCAGAAAUGAUGGUAUUUGUAACAACAAGAAUACGUCCUACACAUGCACUUGUCCAGGUGAAUGGAAAGGAGUCAACUGUGAAGAAUACAAUAACUGUUUCAGUUCACCCUGUCACAACAAUGGGACUUGUCAGAGUGAAAAAAAUUCCUUUUCAUGUUCCUGCUUACCGGGCUAUUUAGAUAAAACAUGCGACGUGUUCAAUCAGUGCCUCUCAGACCCAUGUCAAAAUAAUGGGACUUGUAUAAUGAAUCAGACUAAGUAUGAAUGCCGAUGUCAUGGCGGGUACAUCGGGACACAAUGUGAAAAGGAUAGAGACGAAUGCAAAAUGAAUCUUUGUCCGGCAAGGUCAACCUGUUUUAAUCAAGAUGGUGGAUAUUUGUGUUUAUGGGAGCGGAGGAAGAAGAGGGAAUACAUUUCAAAAGGGUUGAAAUAUGGUGUCCUAGAAUUGCAGUAUUCUAUAGACAAGAGUGAAUUACACAGAAACAUAGUCAAUGCUGAACGACUAGUCGACGAAAAGCUCUGUCAAACGAGUCCAACGUUGUUCCAACCAACAUCAUUGGUAUCAGAAGGGACUAGCAAACUGUACCUACAUUUUAACUAUCGGUGCAAUGGGGUAGAGGACCACUUCUGAUGAUGUUUAUGCGAC